CGGCUGUGUUGCACCUAUUUCAGUCAAUGUCAUUUUAAUGGCUUUUAUGGUCUGCAAAAUGCUCAUGAUUCCCUCAAUAAAUAAGGACAUAGACAAGAAAAUUAAAGCGAUGGAUCCCGAUUGGACAGAAUAUUUAGAGGGAUACUAUCAGCUCAUACACGCCGGCGCAGAGAUUAAGAAUUCUGCCACGUAUGCUGAACCUUGCCGCCAGGUUUUAGAUAAAAUUCAGGCAAAACUCCCACAGCUGGAUAUCGACACAGGAAGAAAUAUCUGGAUCCUGAAAAGAGCCGCUCUCUCCGGAGGAAGAGAUAUAAUUUGCAUGGAUCGCGUGAAAAAAAUAAUUAAGUUUGUUCAAAGCCAUGACAGCCGUCAUGUGGAAAAGAAGUGGGUGAUACAGAAGUACAUAGAGAGGCCAUUUCUCAUUUACAACACUAAGUUUGAUAUGCGCCAGUUUUUCUUAGUAACGGCCUGGAACCCCCUGACAAUCUGGUACUAUAAGGAAAAUUACAUUUGUAUGUCAUCACAACCUUUCAACUUGGAGAAUCUGGACAACUCCAUACACCUGUGCAACAGACCCGUCCAGAUGCAGUUUAAAAACUGCCCAACCCGACACCCUGAGCUGCCUGAAGACAAUGUAUGGUCUAAUAGAAAACUGCAGGAAUACCUAUGCAUGAUUGGAGCAGAAAACGUCUGGGAGGACGUGAUGGUGCCAGGGAUUAAGAAAAUCAUAUAUCAAACUAUGCAAGUUUCUCAGAACAAAGUAACGCACAGAAAGAACAGUUUUGAUAUUUAUGGUGCUGAUUUCAUGUUCAGCGAGAACUUCAAUCCGUGGCUCAUUGAGAUCAAUUCCAGGCCAGAUAUGAGUUCACCCACAGCAGUGACUGGUGUGAUCUUUAAAAGUAUUUUAGAGGACACCAUAAAAGUCAUCAUUGAUCGUAAGAAGGACCCUAACUGCGACAUCGGAGCAUAUGAGCUGAUAAAGAAACAGGUACAUUAUUAUCAAGGGGUGAAUGAUAAAAGGUAUUCAUUAUGGCAAUAUAUAAUCAUAGGGAUAUAUAUAAAGGGAUAAUGCGGUCUGUGAAGUGGGCAGUAUAUUUUAUAAAUACAAUAACAAAUACAAAAACUUGCCAGGGGAAGGCCAGCUCAAGGUUACGGUGUAAUUUAGUACUUGUUACUGCAUGCUACCCUUCUCCUGGGAAGAUCCUGCACAUUA